UCAAUCCUCAAACUCUGAGAAUGGCCUAUCACUCCGACAGUUCGUCUUCCAUGGUUCGUCUGAAUAUCGUAAAAUGAUUUUGCCUUGUCAUUUUCUCACACACAAAUCUUUUUUGGGCUGAUUUUUAUGAGUGAUUCUGAAAAUUCUUCUCUAAAGGAGGGAGGAAGUUUUGCACAACACUGGAUACCCUCACACAACGUGAGCCGGACUCGAUGCUCGCUGCUAUGUUUAGUGGUCGUCACACUAUCUGCCAGGAGUCAGAGAAGGGACACAUAUUCGUUGACAGGGACGGAAAGCACUUUCGCCAUAUCCUUAAUUGGUUGAGGGAUGGUGUAAUUCCACCCCUGAAAGAUUCUGAAUAUGCUCAGCUUCUGCGGGAGGCGGAGUACUAUCAGCUCCUUGGUCUAGUAGAUGGAAUUAAAUGUGCCCUAAGUAAGAGGAAGGAGGAUGAGGAGUUGGGUACUGAAUUGACACGCAUUGACAUUAUCAAAUGCAUACAGUCUGACAGAGUCAGAUUUCGGGGAAUUAAUCUUUCUGGUCUUGAUCUUUCGAAGUUGGACUUGUCAUUUGUGGAUUUCAGCUAUGCAUGUCUGAAAACAGUGUUCUUCUCACGUGCCAAUCUUCAAUGUGCAAAAUUCAGGGAUGUCGAUGCCGAAGCUUCCAUUUUUCACAAUGCCACAUUGCGCGAAUGUGAAUUUACUGGAGCAAAUCUUCGUGGAGCUGUAUUAGCUGGUGCUAAUCUUCAAAGUGCAAAUUUACAAGAUGCUUGUCUAAUAGGCUGUAGCUUUUGUGGGGCGGAUCUUCGUUCUGCUCACCUACAGACAGCUGAUCUUACCAAUGCCAACCUCGAAGGAGCUAAUCUUGAAGGUGCAAAUCUGAAGGGUGCGAAGUUAACCAAUGCAAAUCUGAAGGGUGCAAACCUUCAAAGAGCUUAUCUUCGGCAUGUGAAUCUUCGUGAUACACAUUUGGAGGGGGCAAAGCUUGAUGGUGCCAAUUUACUGGGUGCAAUCAGGUGACACCACAGAUUUGUGCUCAUCCCAAACCUCUCCCAGAGCAACAUUAAAGAAGAGAUCUACAAAAAAGAAUUGUAUAGCAAUAGUAUCAAGCCUUACAUGUAUUGACCAACUAUUUUAGUUUAAUUUGGUUUCUAAAUCUCAAUUUAAUUAUCUGUAUGUGUGUAAACCCAAAUUGUUUCAAACCAUUCUGGCCUUGUAAGAAUGUUUAACUUUUCAAAUCUGAGA